UUUUUGGGUGUGCAUUUGUGUGUGCAUUUUUUUUUUUUUAAUAUUAUUUCAUAUGUACUUAGCCGCCUUCUCAGCUGAAUCUUUCAUAUACGAAGCAUUUUUUCAUUAAACGUGCACGACUUAAGUCGUUUCAACGCACAGUGUUUUAAUUUGAUUUUGUAUAAUUAGAUAAAGAUUACAGUAGUGAGAGAGGGAGAGAGAGAGAGAAAGAGAGACGCGAAGAACUAUUGAAAUAUCAGUUCUUCGAAGGGUUCACACGAUUUCAUAGUCGAGCAGUCUCGUCUAGAACUUUCUUACUUGUUGUUUAUUUUAUUAUUUAUUUCGUAAAUAGAAUAAUAAAUGAGUAUACGAAAAUAGUAUGAUAUAUAUACUAAUUAUCCAUCGACUUGACAUAUUUGACAUCUGUCAAAUGUUCUACGUUCCACUGAAAUCAUGGAAUAUAUUGCAAGCCCUUAACACAAUCAAAAGUAACUCCUGAAGUAUGUUCAAAUAGUUAAAGAAAUAUGAAACCUACAAUUCAAGUAAUGCCCAGGGUAUAAAUAAAAACACUCACAUUAAAAUAUGUAAUUACUAAUGGCUAUAUUUGUAAAAAAAAAAUGCUGUGAAAUGCUGGCUAAUGACCGAUUACAAUAUAUACAGCUUUACAGAUAAUUGUAUUGUAUCAUCAAUUAUAAAACAAUUUCCUGUCGCAUUCCAAUGUCGCUUAAUUGAAAAUUAGGGUCAGUCAGAGAAUAGUUUCUAGUUGCACGGGCAUCGUUCAACUUGGCCAAAAAUGAAGCUGCUGCGGAUCAGGGCAUAUUUUCUUCUAAUCUUGGUGUUCGACUGUGCUGGGAGUGGGUGUGCUGAGUAUGUGGUGACCGUGGAUCGGUUUGUCUUCACUCCCAUAGAUCGGGAGUUGAUUCCUUCGCAGAGCGCCACCAUUGAGCAUGUUGGCAAUCGCAGCUACCUCUCUGGGCACUUGUAUUUGGGUAGAUCAGUAGACAACGUUAUUGCACUAGCCUCCUUGGAAAUAUCACGUCCAAAUUUGCCACGUGUUCGUCUCUUCAAUUCCAAAUUCGAUGUUUGCAGCUUUUUAAAGAACACCUACAAAAGCAAAUUUCUUCAGCAGUUCCACUACAGAUUCGUAACCUUCACUAAUGUGCAACCGUCUUGUCCACUUAAGCCGCAUCUGAAUUAUACACUAGAACGCAGCUACAUAGACGAACGCAUUCUGCCCGAGUUGCUGCCCGAGUGCAGCUACUUCUUCAACGUGGAGUUUCGAGAAAAGACCAAGCCACUAGCCAAUUUGCAUAUUUCUGGCCAAUUACAUCCAGUUCUUAACAAGAAAAGGGGACCAAAGAAUCGCGUCAAAAUAUAGAAGUGAUCUAUAUAAUUUAAAAAACUAAUACAAAAUAUCUUGCUUUAAAUGUGAACAUGUAAGCUUGAACAAUAAAUAAUCAGAUGACUUUAAAGCGGGAUUCCAGCCAAUGUUUUUCAGUUCGACUGAGACACUACCUAAGACAAUGACAUUUCGAAAGCACAGAGGGAAUUUAAUAUAAAGAGCGCAUACAAAUUGUCCAACCUUUGGUCUGAUGUAUCCAAAAUCUAAUUAUAGUUGCCACCAUCUACUCAAACCUUCAAUAAGUCGGACAUUAAUUUAAUUGACUAUUUAUGGAUUUAUUUCAGUCAAUCAUUCAGCUUGGAAGAAUUGUUUUGGCACAGAAUUUUUAUGAAACUAAUUUCAAUUAUUCGUCCAUUAAUGUCUGGCUAAUGUCCAAUAUAAUAUUGUUCAAUUGAGGGGGAUCUUGUCGUGGAAUAUAAAAUAAGAGUUCUGGAAUGUGUUUGACAGUUUUAAUAGAUUCUUUUCUCGUUAUGUUAAUCAUAUAGUUUUAGAUAGAUGGAUAGAUGGAAAAAUAGAUUAAUCCAAAAAGCUCCAUUCUUUUGCUUAAAACUUCAUUACUAAUGGAUAGAAAUGACCAAAUUGAUCAGGGAUCAAAUACAGUCUAAAUUGCGAUAAAUCGAAAAAAUGUCUAUCACCUUGAAAGAAAUUCGUUCUCAAUAAUUCUCGAUAGUUUCCAUUUCUAUGUAAAUCGAGAAAUUUUCUCAAUUGUAUCCGAAUGAUAAAAUUGAUGCGUUGACUUUAAAUUAGAACAAAGGUUACAGAUCUGAGCAGAUAAUUAAUGCUAAACAAACAAUUUCAGGCGCGUAUCAUAAUUAGCAAUUUUAAUGUAAUUUUCAGUAUUCGUAGUUAUCAGAUAAUUGGUAAUAAUUUCAUGCAAUGUCCAUUACUCCAUUUGAGACUCAUCUGUCGCCA